UGGUGCCACAAAUAUAGUAGCUGCCAUUAAUGUGGCACAUAGUUAUUCGGGGCUCAUUAAAGACCACAAGAUAAAACCUCUCUCAUUUACAUUCGCUAUAGAUAGACAAAUAAAUCCUUCCACAAUUGUGCAUAAAUGUGAACACUUAAAUGCACCACAGUUCCCUGGUCAGCACCAGUUCUAGACAGUGCUGACCAGAGAAAGGAUAUUCACAUCAGACAGCAUUGCUGCUGUGGUUGGUACCAGUGGAGGGAGCUCUAAACACAUGAUUGUAUUCCAGUGAUUUAUAAUUGCAGUGUUCUUUACAAAAACUCUUUGUUGAAAACGCUGUUAUAGAUUUCUAUAAAAUAAAUGAAUCUUGAAAAUAAUCUUAAAUAACAGCAGUGGUGGAACAUUAAACUCAGUAUGUCUUCUUCCCUUCUGGUUCCUGUAUCACUUAAUGUGAUGUACAUCCCAGCUCAUUUGGUUACUGUACUCAGCUUUCAUGAUGUGCAUGAAUUUGCAUGAUUUGGCGCCGUACUGGAUACAUAACCACUGAAACCUGUCACAAGGAUUUAAAAAGAUUUGUGGGACAGAGUAAGAAAGGAUGCAGGGACAAGGUGUGGACAGCUGAAUUUAGUUGAACCCAAAUGAUGGCAUCCAGUCUGAUCCCUGGCUGUCAGGUAAUAAGUGAUCUCCUGACAAUCCGUGAGAAAGGAGUCCUCAUCACUGUGCUGGAGCCUCGCUGUACGCUAAUCAAAAGUACCGUAGCACAAAUACUGCAGACCAAAGUUGCCCAGGGUGAGAGUCCAAGCUGGCAUUGUUUAGACUGUGGAGUGGUGUGUCUCAUUGAAGACGAAUCCAUUGGCUCCUACUUUCUCCGUCUCUACUGUGUCAAGCGAGCCAAGUUAUUAUGGGAGCAGGAAAUAUAUAUUCCAUUUAAGUACACUGCAAGUCGGCCUUACUUUCACACUUUCCCUGCAGAAGUCUGCCAGGUUGGCCUCAACUUUGCAAAUGAGGAUGAAGCAGAAGAAUUUCAUCAUGCAGUCAAGACUGUUUGUGACAAGAUGACCAACAUGGUUGACAUGACAACAGUGGAAACAGUGAGCAGUUCGUCAAGUGACAAACCUCCUUCAGGAAAUGAAUCCAUAGAAAAAAUGAAUGAAGAGAAAGAUUCCACUGUGAAUGCACCGUCAAUCCUAUCUUCUCCAUCUACAAGUUCUUUUAAAGAGCUCGACCCUACUAUGAGGAGGUUAUUGAUCCAAGCAAAACUCAGCAAGGAAGACCUAAAGGAGAAAAACGUUGCAGAGGCUGUUGACUGCAUCAUCAACAAGUUUGGAGGACUGAAGGCUGUGCAGAGAGAGCUGAGGACAAGUGGAGCAAUUUCUCAGACAUUGCCAAGAGCUACAGGGACAUCCAUCGCUCUCGCUUUGCAGAAGAGAACUUUGGAAAGAGUCCCCUCCAUCUCAAGCUGCACCUUUAAAAAUCCUGGAGAUGCUGGAAAACCAUGAAAAAUUAGCAACAUGUCUAUGAUUCUCAUAACAAGGCACAAGGUCAUGUUAUGAGGACCCUGUGGGAAAAGCUCUCAGCAGGGCUGAUCUCUCUCAUCUUUGUGCAUUACAUUUGUAACCUGUCACCUCCAAGUCUUUAUUAAGUGCAACACAAAUAAAAACUGUU